AUGGAGAAUCUCCAUAGACAAGGUCAACAGUUGCAGGAGUGCAAGCCCAAAUUGUGGAGAAGCGUGGUUGUUCAGAAAGAGAACACGCUCUUAAUAGAAGACGUGCAGGAGGAAGACGGUGGAAACUACACCUGUGAGCUGAAGUUCGAAGGGAAGCUGAUCAGACGCACCACUGAACUCAAAGUUACAGCUUUAGUCACCAACAGACCACCUCAGCCCUUGUAUCCAGUGGAGAAUCAGACAAGUCUUCUCGAAGUCCAGUUGGGUCAGCCCCUCACCGUUGUUUGCAAAGCCUUUUUCGGCUUCAGUGGUGAGUCUGGCCCCAUGAUCUACUGGACGAGAGGGGAGAAAUUCAUCGAAGAACUGGAAAACCAUGUGAAAGAAGGCGAAAUCAGAUCUGAUCUCCAGAAUUGAACUUGCUGGAGGUUUGGGAGCAAUAUUUCUCUUACUGGUGAUCCUCGUCACCAUCUAUAAGUGCUACAACAUAGAGCUGAUGCUGUGCUACAGGCAGAUGUUUGGAGGCGAUGAAGCCACGGAUGACAACAAAGAAUACGACGCCUACCUGUCGUACACAAAAGUCGAUCCCGACGCAUUGGACCGGGACAACCGGGAGGAAGAGCAGUUUGUCCUUGAAAUCUUGCCAGAUGUGCUGGAAAAGCAAUAUGGAUAUAAGCUCUUCAUACCAGACCGGGACCUGAUCCCAACCGGGACCUAUCUAGAAGACCUUGCCCGAUGUGUAGAACAAAGCCGGCGUCUCCUGAUCGUCCUCACCCCGGAUUACGUACUCCGACGCGGGUGGAGCAUUUUCGAGAUGGAGAACCGGCUCCACAACCUGCUCCUCAGCGGCGAGAUCAAAGUCAUUUUCAUCGAGUGCCCCCACCUGAAAGGGAAAGUCAACUACCAAGAAGUGGAAGCCUUGAAGCACAGCAUCAAACUCUUCUCGGUCGUCCCGUGGAAAGGACCCCCAAGCAACAAGCUGCGUUCUAAAUUUUGGAAACGUUUGCUCUACGAGAUGCCAGCCAAGAAGAAAGAGGUGAUCUCGCGGCGCCAAGUCCUGGAUUCCGCCGAGCAGGGCCUCUUCGGGGACCUGCAAACAGUCCCUUCCAUCGCGGUGACGGAUACUUCGGCUACUUUGGUGUCCUCUCAGGCGGACUUGGGCAAUUACCAGCCCGCCAGCGCGGCCCAGAUGAGACACUACUGCAGAGGUUACGAGUACAACGUGCAGUGCGCCACCCUCCCGCUCUCUGCCCUGAGCAGUAACCACCACACGUACUGCAAUAUACCCCUGACGCUCCUCAACGGGCAGCUGAGCAGCAGCGUGAAGGAUGUGCAGGACUUCCACAGAAACCCCCCUUUGCUCCCCUUGUCCAGCAGAGAACUGAGCUUCACCAGCGAUAUAUGGUAGCAAAGAUCCAGACUUCGCAAUGAGCCAGAAUUCCUUAAAAUGAAAAACGGAGAGAAAAAUUACCUUCAAAAACCGACGUCAUCAGGUGCCAAACUCUUUUUGCCAAGUCACAAAGUAACUCGCUUUUAUACUUGAACCUCUCUUUGUUUACAUUUACAGAAUUGUUAACAAGGGGGACGGGGGGGGGGAAGCUACUUUUUUAGCCAAGUUCUGAGUUUCCUGCCUUUUAAAUGUACAGAAAGAUUUGUGCUUUAUUAGAGACAGACAGAGAGAGAGAGAGAGAGAGAGAGAGAGAGAAUGAGAAAGAGAGAGAGAGAGAGAGAGAGAGAGAAAGAGAAAGGGGGGAUAUGGGAUCGAAUAGUAUUUUGAAGUAAGUUGACAAUGAGUUGACUUCAGAGGCUACAUACAAUAGAGUAAGACUCCAUAUUUAUAUAUAUAUACAUAUCUAUCUAUCUCUCUAUAUAUAUUAGUACUUCAGAAGUUUAAAUGGUUUUUUUUUUAAAUAGAAAGAACUUAGGAAGCAUACCCGUCAUACGUGUGAAACACAAGUAGUAACAAAAAAAAAAUGUAAGUCUCGCAUUUCGAAUUGUGCUCAAGGACCAUUCCCAUCCAGGUUGCCCUGCAGAUCUGUCCAACAAGAUUAACAAGCACCGUGUUGUUAUGGCCGAUGGACCACGCAAAGCAAGAUGCUGACCUCUGGUUUGGGCUCUGCAAUCCCCACGGCUGGAAAAGAUUACCGUCCGCUCAACAAUUCUUUGUCGUUUUGUUCUCCGACUAAUUCUUCAUCGUUUGUGACGGUCGCCAUUGUGUUUCUCCAAUUCUUUAGGAAGUUGACUGCCCUUUAAUUUUCUGUAAGUUUUUGGGAAAACGUGCAUUCAUUCUGGUUUUCCGGGUGUCUUAGGAACUUCCUGUUGCAUUUGACGUGCUGAGGAUUGCAACAUUGCUAAACAGUUUGCAGAUUUGAACGUUUUCUAACCUUCUCAGCUCGCAUACUAAACGGUCAUAUAAGUAUCUGCACAGGAUUGUUAUUAUUUUGGGUUUCUUUUUUCUUUCCAGGUAAAAAAGUAUAACGGUUUAAUGGCGUUUGAUAGAAAAAAUGCCAGCCCAGAAAAGAGAGAAAGGAACAAAACAAAAGACACACACACAAACACACAAAAAGCACAGCAAUACUCACCAACAAAAGUGUUGAAUUGUGUUGGUUGCCAGUCAUAAUAACAUUUGCAUCGAUAAUCAUCGAAAAACGGCAGUAAGCAUUUACUCUAAUAAAAGGUUACUCAAGAGUGUGUCCCGGUUUCCGUCAGUUCUUACUUUCCUGGAAAAAUCAAAAUUGCUCUUCAAUUUAUCAUUCCAAGCCGUCAUGCAAACUUUUAUUGUCUCAGGACGUGGAAAAACCGCCUGUUUGCUCGACAUCUGUGUUACUUCUGUCAUGUGUUUUUUUCUUCUGACGUGGUGGCUCAGUGGCUAAGACGCC